GCAUGAUUGGGCACUGAUGCGAAUAUGCGGCAUAUGUAGGAUCUGCAACACCUCCGUCAUUGGUGGUAGAUUAGCCGUACACCCGCGGUCUUUCGAACUGCUACAGGGUGCGUUGACACCAUCUACCUAUUGCAGAUCACCAUAGUGCCCAUAUGCGCAUAUCGGCAGAUGUUGCUGCGUAAAGCGCUCACGACUCUUUGCAGUACCCUAGUCGCUUUUUGUCUUGUAAAGCGGACCGUCAAUAUUUCGGAAACCGUUUGGCCCAGCGACAGAAGAGGUCAAGUCUGCGUACUAGCUUGCAGCCUGCAUGAAGCUGUCCUCCCACUCCCGAAGCUUUGCGAUGUGGAGUCACAUCCGGAACCUCAAGCUGGCCUCCGGGACAUGACGCGCUACAGCUGUGGCGGCUUGCUUAGUCCCAGCAUGGUAUGGUGUCGAAUAUGGGUUUGCGUACUGCUUGCACUUACAUCCGACAAGAGAAACGGCUAUCGUGGUAUCAUCUAUCUGUGUUAGAGCCCGAAGCUUACAAGAUGCUCAUGCCAGUGGAAUUAGCAAGGCCUUCUGUCCCGGCCAAGCCGCAGCCAUUCAUGUAGCCUGCAUUACUCGUCUUUUGUCGGAUUCUUCCAUCAUAUUUACCCUACCAUAC